ACAAGCGCUCUGCCUCUCUGAUACAGACUCUCUACUUAGUGGCUUGGAGAGAGGACUGUGGCUCACAGCUUCUCAAUGAGGGGACUCAGCCAAGGGAAGACAGAGCGCUCCUUCCUCGGGAGCCUUCCGCUGCAUGCGUGACAAGGAGGGUGAGGGUGGGGGUGUGCACAAAAGAAGCUUCCCAGUCAUCGGAACAUAGGAGUUCUACUUCACGGAGAGAGCAAGGCGCGACGGCCGAGAGGAACGGAGAUCUAUCUCCACGUGUGAAGCUGAUUACUGCCAUGACAUGAUGAGCCACCGCUUCCUCCAUCCACUGGGUGACACAGACCUGAGGGUGCGCUGGCUUUGGUGACUCUUUUGUGUUUCCAAGGAAUUCAAAGAAAAGGAACAGUGCAGAUCCAAAGGACGGAAAAGAAGAGUCUUGCCCAAGCACCUUUUCUUCUGGGUUCGGCUCAUCUGGAAUUUCAGGCAGGGAGGUUUCUACAGGAUGGAUGAAUUGAAAGAGUGAGCCGGCUGGGGAGUCAGACGCUUGGUCCUCUGAAACUUACUACUCAGAAUGUCCUGGUUUUUGGCGAUGUGGGUCAGCCUCAGCUUCCUGUUGCUGUGCCAAGCAACACUCCACCAGAGCAUCCAGCAGCAGCACGUGGCCCGGCCAGGUCGAACUGACAUUCUCACCCUGGAGGGCGGUACGUGUGAGGUGAUCGCAGCCCACAGAUGCUGUAACAAGAAUCGCAUCGAGGAACGCUCUCAGACCGUCAAGUGCUCCUGUUUACCGGGAAAAGUGGCAGGAACAACACGCAACAAACCUUCCUGUGUGGAUGCGUCCAUUGUAAUUGGGAAAUGGUGGUGUGAGAUGGAACCAUGUCUGGAGGGAGAAGAGUGCAAGACUCUGCCUGACAAUUCUGGAUGGAUGUGCUCCUCCGGGAAUAAAAUCAAGACCACAAGGAACACCCAGCAGCCAUACUCCCCUUUUUAGCUUCCGGAAGCAAAAUGCAGAGGAAACGUCAACCGAAAUUGAGCUGCAUUCUUGCUUCUGUAAAGGUUUCUCAGGCGGUGAAGCUGCUCCAAGACGGCAAAUCCAUCGGUUCGCUGUGUCUCCAAGCACGGGGUCAAGAACCAGGUUCAGGCGUCUGAAUCACACCAUAUGCCAAAGCAUGAAGAUAAAAGCCACCAGUUUGACAAAAAAGAAGGAAGGAAUCUGUAUGUCUUCUGCCGCAGUGCCUGCACAGAUUUUCUAAAGAGAGCGUGUAGGGCGAUGGGAACGAGGCGCCAGGCUCAUCCGCUGAGCAUCAAACCUCUGGGGGAGUGUAACAGAGAAGACGAGAGAGGAAGAGAAAAUAUGAUACGCUCACACCCGAGACGGCGCAGAUGCAAAUGAACUCCCGCACGUAGGCCGGCGGCUUGUGAGCAGCCAAGGAGGAACCUGCGGCUGAAUCUCACAAUGUUGGAGUGUGCAGAGGUCUUCCCCAUCCUGACCUCGGAAGAUGCAGAAAGUUAUUUUCAGAAGAGAGACCGGGGAGGCAAAUCCACACACAGCUCACCUUUGUGGUUUUGACUUUAUUGCCAGUGCUGCAGGACCAGCCGGUCAAGUCAGCGGAGGAGUGCGAGAGAGGCCCGCAUGCGCUUCCGAGGGCGGAUCGUUUGGAACUGCCAACCCGGAGGUCAAGCACGAUUCACCAGAUGAGUGCUACUGAGCACUGGAUUUGGAGGCAGCGAGAUUGAGAGGGUCUUGCUCUGGUGGUGCCAGCGACUUGCCCGGGGAAACAGGAACACUUGACGGUUUGGGAGCGCUCCUCGAUCUUAUUCUUAUUGCAGCAGCGAUGGAUGGCCACAACCUCGCAUGUCCCCUGCUUCACCUGUCCCGCCGAGUACAAAUGGAGUGCGGGAGAGAAGGAGAUGACAAGCGAAGCGCCGCCGCCAAGCCGAGACAUCUUGAACUGACGGCUCAGCCGAGCGUUUGCCAUACGGAUGCAGCAUCUCCGCCGCACCCGGCCAUAAAUCCUCCCGACGCUAUCGAUGUCUAAAAGGCCCACCUCUGACCUGACCUGACUUUAUGCUAAUUCUAGUGGUCAGCGGUAAAUUGGACCCCAUCCCAGCUGACUUUGGAUAAGAGGCAGGAUCCACCAUGGACUGGUUGCCAGCCAACUUUGAGUCGACUCGUUCGCAACGGCGGUGUUUGCAUCCGAGCCCGAAAAGAGAACCCUAACUCCGCAUCAGCAAGUAACCUCUCUAAGAACGCCAAGCCAUCGUUGCAUCCAUUCACACGUUGGCUCUCCUCUGCGUCCACUCGCUUCUCCUCUCCUCAACCAGAAGAAGACCUUGGAAUUAUCAGCAAGCACAAAGUCAGUGUGCCCGAGGGCUCCUCCAUGGCCUCCAAUGGCAUUAUAUGAAGUUCAACGCCGGAGCGAUGGAGAAAGGUCGACAAAAGUGAAGGAGCCAUCCACUGAUGCACAAAGGCAACCCUCCUCUUGCAGUUCCUGGAAAACCCAAACGCACCGACUCAGAGGGGAAGAAAGAAGCUCGAAGAGUCCGCGCACAGGAACGGGCAGCUGAAGCCGGUUCAGACAACCGCGACUUCAUGGAACAGCAACGUGCUCCGAAUGUGCUCAACUCUCAAAGUCCCAUCCCAACCUCACAUUGAGGAUAAAUUUCAGACCAACUCUCCGCAGAAGUUUGAGUCGCUUUGUGACAGCCUGGCAGAGCCGCCCAGAAGAGUGAUGGCGGUACAGUGGCGCAAUGGCGAUAGUUGCGCGCUCCCUUCGCUCCACCCGGCCAUGCAGGGAUCGAUUGGUCAUGAGAAGUGAGACGCGUGCUCCGUCCUUCCCAUUCAGAACACGUGCAACAGUGCCCGCCCAGUUCAGUACACCCCCUCGACACACCACUCAAGCCCCCCCUUUUUUUUUGCCUGCUGUCAUGGAGUUUGCAAGAAGUAGAGGGGCAUAAUUCAGUACGAUAAAGGUGGAAAAGGGAAUAGAAUUCUUGUCUUUUUGACAAAAGAGAUAAUUACCUAGAAAAUGAUCCAUGAUUUAAAGGUAUCAUCAUGUGUUUCUUUUGUUUACCACGAGAGGGCGCCCGUGUUAGAAAGUUUUACUUUUAACCCUAUUAUGUCCUAGGUUAAAUGGAGCCAUUUCCAAGUAAGCCUUAUACAUACAGGCCAUUAUGACUAAACCUAACCCGUCAUCAUUAUCGUCACAUUAUUUCCCACCUCACUUCCUUCCAUACUUGGAUCAUGUUCCAUGCACAUGCUGCGUAGAUAUUGAUACCAGAUUGUGAAGGGUGUAAAUAUAAACCACCCUUCCACACCCCUUGAACAGGAUUUAAUGAUGGUUGCCUCUCAGUUACAGUACCAAGAGACUUACUGAACAAUUAUACCAUCCCCUGGAAUAUUCUCGUGUGUUGAUGCUGAUUGAUUGCAGGGUGUUGGAUAUGCGGGCCCUUAAGACUGAAUGGAGGUCGAUGCCUGCUAAUGACCGAAAGUGAUGAGUAUCCAAUCUCAUUGGCAGAACUGCUUGGUCCUGGGCAGUAACCCAAGCUGGGCCAGAAAUAGUGUCCAUCCAUGGAGAGGAUGUCAAUACAGCCAAAGUUUGGACACAUCCUCUAAGAGCAGGCUGCUGCUUGGAUCUUCAUUCCAAACUUGUGGCAUGCACUGGCCGGGGUUGAUGACCGCGCAGGCCAGGGAUUUUUACUCAUCUGUGGGCUUGUACUGCCCCCAUGUGGCUACUACGCAUCACUGAUAACUGAGGACUCGCUACAGUUCAUCACGCAUGAUACAACGCUGCCAUUUGGGAUGCUGCGUGACGUAAAGUGCUGCCUCCAGCACGAGGCGCAUGAAUUCCUCCACGUCAAAAGAGUAGUUGGUGAACUUGGGAUGGUCUCC